AUUUGAAAUACAAAAUGUGGAUUACCAGGCCCUAUAGAGAUAUACCGAGAUAGUUAGGAAAGGCGUCUCAUGAAAUUAGGGAUCCAUCGUCUUCUUCGAUCUCACCUUCUUCGAUCUUCUACGACCUUAACCAUGCAAUGGCGAUCCAGCAUGUCGAGUCAGCUGAAGCGUCGUUAGGAGUGUCAUGUAUCGAUUUCGUCGAUUUGUCUUCAUUGCAUGAAUCUUCAGAGACGUUAUGAAUUGUCUUGAUUCAGUGUCUUUACUAAUCUCCUUAACUCCAUUGACGCCCUCAUUCAAUGAUACUCAAUCACUGUAAGAGGCGGUGUUCCUCCCAUUAUAAAUAGUCCACUCUGAUGCCAGCCACCGUGACUGUUAGCCGACUCCCCAUAUUCAGGCACCGUCUCAAAACUGGUUCAAUGUUCACACUAAGGGGAUUUUUAUGUGGUUCGUUGCAAUCAGAACUUCAGGCUGUCCGACUAUAUUCUGACUAUUCGGUUCAGUGACCCAACCAACUUUGAUGCGUUUACCGAACCGGCUUCAAUUUCGGUGGAGCGUUUCAGGCUCCAAGAUCUCGAUCUCUGCUUGGCCUAGCCAACACCAACAUACAUAUUCCAGGAUGUCACGUCAGGGACAUAUAUUUUUCGACAAAGAGACUCAUGCAGGGGAGGUUUGCUUUUACGAGCUGAUCUCUAAAUACAGUGGGAACAACCCAGCACCUUCAUUGCUGAGAGGAUACGCCAAGGUUGAACCACUGAGCAUAUCUGAGCUGAAUCAGUUCGUCAUCACAGGCAAGCCUCAGAAGAGUGAGGAAUAAGAAGAAAAUAGGUUCAGACACGUGUCCGACCAUUGGAGGAACAAUAACGAGUAUGUCCUUCUGAGCUGGAGAGAAGGCUACAGGAGCUCAUGGAGACAAGACAAGAAGAGGAUAUAAAGGAGCUGCAGACUUCAUUGGAAGAAGCUAAUAAAAGUCUUCAUGUGACAGCGUCUGAAGCUUCUUGGUAGAAAGACACUUCAUUUGUAGUCUCUGACCAUGUACCGUAACGGUCUAGAAUCAACUCCAACUAUCAAAAUUGUCUCACUCUACUCCUAAUUUUCUCCUAUAAAAUAGACCUCUCGGCAUUGAGUAA